AGUUCAAGCCUUAAAGGCAACGAAGCGUCGGGCAUCGUGCUGUGGGGGGGUCGGAGACGCGCAACCGCACGGAAAAACUCGCCAAAUCGCAGCAGUGAUAACGGAAGCGUAAAAAGCUCUGCCAAGGAUGAUGCAGCACAAAACCACAACGCACUUUCAAGAGUUCUCUCAUAUGGUCAUCGUCCCCUCUAGCGGACGCGAAAUCACUCACAAUUAGGGUUUAUCUUUUAUCUUCUUUGUUCAGAAAUCAGAUCUUCUAAUUUCCUGAUUAGAUUUUUCCUGAAUAUUGUCGUUUCGUGAAAUAUUUCAAGCGGAGGUUCCAGUAAAGCUGAAGUCAGGAUUAGUGUAGAAACUCUGGAUCACUGAUACCUCUGGCGCAUAUGUUUCUUGAAUCAGAGCUGAAUUGGGGAUUGUUUCACUUUCAUUUGCAAAAAUUGUUAACCCUUGACUUCACAAUACUAUAGUGUUUGUUGUCAGAGCCUGUGAACUUGACUCAAUAAUUAAAAAUUGACCUCACUGACUAAAAUUUACUACAAUUUGCAAAGCCUUUGUUCUUGGAUUUGAUGGAGACCAUCGGGGAUGCGUUGCGGCAAGCGUUCAUGCCCAAGCAUGAGUACGGGAGUCUGCGAGAAGAAGAUAGAGCAUGGAUAAAGCUACAGAGACCAGUUAUUUUGGGUUUUGUUGCUGUCAUUUGCCUUGUAAUACUUGUAAGUACGUUUGUGAGCUUGAAUAUUGUUUUUCCUGGUGAUAGUGGGAAGAGGCCGUUCUGUGGGGAUUGGAGGUUGCAGCCUCUGCAGAUAAACGUGAAAGGAGGCGAUUCAGAUAUCUUCCCGGGAGCUUUUUAUCUCACAGAUCAGGAAACUGUGGAUUAUUACUGGAUGGUAUUGUUUAUUCCUUACAUGAUCAUUUUCAUGGCAUCGGCUGUGUACCUCAUGGCUGGGAUUACCGUUGCUUAUUAUGCUCCAGCAAGGCAUGGAUGCUUGAUGGUGGUUGAAAAUAACUAUUGUGCUUCAAAACGAGGUGGGGUUCGUUGUCUCUCUAUUUUGAAUGCUGUUUUUGCCAUCAUAUUUGGUCUGCUAGCACUGUUUCUUGGUUCCAGCCUCCUUACCCAAGGGAGUAGCUGUUCCUUGCCCUUGUUUUGGUGUUACGAGAUUGCAUCGUGGGGAUUAGUCGUUCUCUAUGGAGGAACCGCUUUCUUUCUGAGAAGGAGAGCAGCUGCUAUUCUUGACGAAGGCAAUUUUAGUGGUCGAAACCUUGGUGUGGAAAUGUUGGAAGCAAAUCCCUUCGAGGUCACACCAGAGCUAGAGAGGCGUGUCAAUGAAGGAUUUAAGUCAUGGAUGGGGCCAUCCCUUCUCUCCUCUGACGAAGAAGAUAAGCCUGAUAGCUACCAAGAAGUGCCGCCUCCAUUAUCUCCGUACCUUAAACCAGAUAUUCAGAAAUGAACCAGCUUUUCGGCAAAGUCUCAUAUUGCACGUGAAUUAGUGAGUGCUUGAUUGUAAUUGUGUAGUAAAAAACUUGAGGGUUAGAAGAGAAUGUAGUUAAUACUUUUUGGACAAUGAGACCCUCAAAAGACUCUCAUUUAAUGUGAAGUGUUGGAUGUGAAGUAGGCCUUACAUAUGUGUUUUUAAUAAUGAAUAUUUUAAUAUCAUAUAAAUUUAUGUCAAAUUUUGGGGGUU